AUGGUGAGGAAACCAGUACACAUGAUAAAACCCAGAGUCUUAACUCACCAAAAAUCUCUACAUGAUUCUUUGGACAAGAGAGAGCAAGAGAUGUCAAGAAGUGGCCUUAGUACAAAAACUGUCUCAGACUCACUUGAUGAUUUUGGUAAGAUUCUACAUAAGAAAUUGUCUAUUGUUGAAAUUGUAGAUGGCAAACAUAUAUAUUCUUUCAGUUUACAGUGCAUGUGAAAGUAGAUUUUGUACAUGACCUUGUAAAAUUUGUCUUAUUUAAGGUCACAUUAAUGUAUAUGAUGACCAACUGUACAUUUUUAUCUGUUUCUACAGAUUUCUCUUCCUAGCCUUUAAAUUACCAAUUACUAUGAGAGUGGUCCCAAUGCAUGAUAUGAUGUAGUUUUCUAAUUGUCACUUCAGGUAAGGGUUACUUUGAAAGAAGGGGAAAAGAUAAACAAGAGUUGAGUUUAAAAGAGCUGAAUCCACAAGACAAGAAACGUGUGGCUAACUUAGUCAAAGAACUUGCAAAGGUUGGAGAGGAACGGCAACUUGCUGAGGAAAGGAUUAAAGAAGAGAGACUGGCAUUUGAAGAACGACUUGCCAUCUUGCAAGAGGAGUAUGAUGCAGUGAUCAAAGAGAAAGCUUGUAUCCACUCAUGUUUUACAUGCAGCUGUAAGAUAACUCUUCACCAACAGUAAUUUGCUUCAAAUUUCAUUCCUUGACUUGCGCUUUCAGAUUUGCAAAACAGGUUCAUGGAAUUACAAGCACUUUUGGUGAAAUAUCAGGCAAAUAGAAGGAUGCCUUCACCAACAAAAACAACUAAAACUCCAACAAGUGAAGGCCAGGAACAGGUAUGUCCUUGAACUGUGUCAUCUGUGAUGUUUAUUUCUGAUGUCCACAGUUCAUGUCUUUUGGGCAUUGGGGAUCUCUUACUGACCCAUGUACAUGUACAGUACUUGUGCUGUUCUCUACUUUAGAGCUUUUGUAUGCCCUGGUUCAAAUUUUCACCUGAUUUAGACAUUUUUCAAAGCAGUAUUAUUUUCACAGUUAUCAAUGUUGAGUUAGUUGUGUUCAAAGUCUGAAAACAACUGGGAAAAAAUUGAAUCAACUUGGUUGGAAAAAUUUCACCAGCCAUCAUUUGUUGAUUACAACUAACAAAAGGCAAGUUUUUACAUCGUAUUUGCUAAACCAUUCAAAUGGUACUAGAAAAUUUUAACGUAUUGACACUUGAAACACCUGUAACUGCCAGUGCAUGACAACCCCAAUUUUUCCACUAGUCACCACCUAUGAAAAAUGGUGACCGUGUUCACUGUGCAAUGCGUUUAUGAUGUCAAUGGGUGUUUACACCACAACACACACCCAUUACAGUAUCAUGUUGCCGUGUUUCAAUGCGUUUGGUAAAUGUGUUAAAUUAUCAAUGCAAUUGGUAAAUUACAUGAUGUUCAUCUCUUUUCUGUCUAAUAUUGUAUUGAUAUUGUAAGGAGAAAUUCUCUCUUGGUCAUUCAUGGGAGUUAACCUAGGUCUUUAACUCCCACAAGUGAUUAACAUAUAACUUCUCCCCAUUAUAUUCACACAUUAACCAGCAAACAAGUAAUGAGAAUACUCCAUCUUAUCAAGUAAAAGUUGUUAUCUUAAUGUAAUGCCAAAUUCUCUUAACUAAUUCACAAUGAAAUGUAUAGCAGCUAGAGGGGAGAUUUCAUUAUCUGAUCUUGGGAGUUAAAGGAUGAAAGGUUAAGAGAAAGAAUUUUUCUGAACUGGUAACUGCAGUGGUAAUAACUAACAUAAUGAUUGUGUUUUUGUUAUGCUCUGUAGGUAUCUGUAGGUAGUGUUUUAUCAUCUCUUUCUCCAAAGAAGCCUGCACACUUCUCUCCAUCCAAACAACCUUUAACAGAAAUUCCAGGUAAUACAAAGCCAGACACUGAUAAUGGUGAACAUACAGAAGAGAAGCUUAAGGCCAACAGUUUCCAAGGAAGCCUCUCACAGCAAGUGAUGAACAGGGAACUGGAGGACCAAAAAUCACAGACCGUAGCCCAUCAGGACAAUGUAACUGAAGGUGAUAAGAGAGGGUUCUGCCCUGGACAAGCACCCUUAACUUCCAAUGUACAGUCCAGGACUAAGUGUCACCCUGUUGCUACAUCCAGCAAAGUUCAGUCAACAGAUAUUCAACUCAAUUCCUCACGAAAGGAAGGACUCUCCUGUAAGUCUGCAGAACCAAGUGGAACAACGUAAGUUACUGGGCUGGGUUGUUCAAAGCUGGGUUACAAUAACCCAGCUUUACUGUGAAAUCUGAUUUCAGAUCUGAGAGCUUUAAAAGAGAAUUCAGUCAAAUUCUUUUAGUCUAGAAUAUGAUUAUUUGAUGCUCUAAAAAGAAUACAGAAAAUUAUCCCAAACAGGCAUUUGAAUAAAGGAAUAAAGACACCAUGGUUAAAAUUUAACCUUGGGCUUAUUUUUGAACAACUAAACCAAAGAUGAGGGGAUUGAAGGAGGAAAGAUGAGGGAUUGAAGGAGGAAAGAUUGGGUUUUUUUUUUCACAUUCCUUUUCUCUCCCUGCAAUGGAACUUCUUGAUAGGAGGUGUAACAUGACAGUCUCUUUUCUUCAUUUGAAGGGCAGAAAUUUCCUUUAUCCUAUUUUCAUUCUAAUUGUCAUGAUUAAUUGAUAAUUAUCAUUGCCAUUGUCACAAUUAUCAUCAUCAUCAUUGUUAUUAAGUAUACUGUAUAUCACUACCAUUUUCAUUGUUUUUAUAAUUAUCAUUUUGUCAUUUUUAGAAAUGUAAUAAUUAUAACUGUCAUUAAUUGUACAGUUUUAUUUCUGUGAUAGUUGGAACACAGCUAUUCACCCCAAAUCCCCCUCUGCUGAUUCCUUGCUGUCAGUAGCGAGAGUUGUUCCUGGUAUGAUGCCUCAGUAUCCACUGCCAGUAAAGCCUUUGAUUUCUAUGUCUGGUGAUGGAGAUCCUGGAUUGAGAUCUGAUGGGAAAGUACCUCCAAGAAAGAAUGAAGAUAGGUGAGUUGAUCAUUGUGUCAGUUACAAGACUGCCAAAAUGGGCAUUAUCCUGUAACAACUGUUAAUAGCUGAGCUCACUCAAUGUUAGGGGUGAAGAUGAUGAUUACUGUCACCUCACACUUGGCCGCAUAAUAGCUUUGUGAUUUUUUCCCCUGAUCUCCUGUUACCACUAUUCUGGGCAAACAUAUGCUCUCUAUCCUGACAAGGCUCAUUGUUUUGUGCCUUCUCAAUGGGUAUGCAUAUCAGCCAAGUGUCAGUGAUGCCUGAUAAAUUGUCGUAAGGGGUGGGGGGGAGAAAUGAUGGACCAGUAUUUGACCAGCAUCCUGUCUGGAAGUAACAUCAUUUUUCCUAGUCUCUUCAUACUGUGGGAGUAAGGAGAAGGUUCAGUUGUGUGAGCUUCUUGGUUUGUAUGGGAGAUUUUUUAUUACUUUUAUUUCAGACUCUACCAGAUAAGUUACUUGUAGACAAUAAGUGGUUUUCCGUGGUGGAGUGGUGUUGGUGGUAAAUGGGAUUAUCAGUUUAAGACUUUUAAAAUCCAUCCUAAGUUUCACCCCUCAGCAAAAGAUAAAGGAAAAAUUAAUGCAGCACACUAUUCACUGUUGAUUGCUCAACAAAUUGCUUUGUUUUCAUCGAGUAGGUCAUUCUCCGAAGUGUCAGGAGUGUCUGGGAGCUUCUCGGCUGAGUUAGAUGCUGUAUAUCGCUUGUACUGCCGUGAAUAUGAACUACAACUGCAGCUCCAACAACAGCAGAUUGAAUUGCAGAAACAACAGUUACAACUACAACAACAACUUCAGCAAGUCGAGAAUUUACAGCAACAACAGCAACAGCAGCAGCAGACACAACAGCAGCAGCAACAACAACAACAACAACAACAGCCAAAACUACUUACGUCAAUGGAAAUGGAAACCAAGGUAACUGAUGUGGAAGUCUUGAUGCAUUGUUCGUCUGUGAAAGAGAAAAGAGAUUUCUAUUUCCUGUAAUUUGGAGCGGCUAUCAUUUGAUUGUCUUAAUUUUACUCUAAUACUUGACCUAGAGUUAUGGCAAAAGCCAAUCAGGGUCAAGAAAAUUAUCACAAGCAGCCAAUAAGAGCUGAGAUUAAAAACAAACGAACUGUAUGAAAUUUAGCUUGUGUAGCUGGUGGUUUUGUGUGUGCGCUAAAGCGAUGAACAGUGAAGGUACGACUGGGGCUUGGGACAGAAUAUCCUAUUUGUUAGUUUAUUGCACAUUAAACCCCUAGUCAACCAGGGUUUCCGAGAUGUUGGAAAACUUGAGCGGCCAUUUCGCUAAGGGUUUAGGCUUCGGUAAAGGAGGCGCGGAAUUUUUAGACGUUAGCAAAACCGAAACGAUUACAGAUUACUCUCAACGAUUGCCUUUGUUUUAUUCUCUAGCUUUAUAUUAUUUAAGUUUUCUUUAUUGCAGGUCACUGGUCUGGAAAAACUAUCCAAGUCUACCGUGGACGAGACGCCAGCUCCACUACUCGUACCCAGGCCUGCUUCUCAGCCCCGUCAAUUGUCACCCGCCCAAUCCCUUAUUCCUAGUCCCGAAGGUACUGCGUUCAGCCCAUACAAGCUAAUUCACUUUAGCCUUUUGCAAAGUCAUUCCUAUCAACUCGUUUUUUUUUCCGUCAAGUAAUUUCUGUCACCGAUCACAAGAAUAGGAUACGGUCAAGUGAGGAUUAUUAAGCUCUGCAUUGGAAGUUGUCAGCAGUUACGUUGAGUGUUAGAGAAAAAAGUCAGAGAGAUAAUGAUUAAGCCAAUAAUGAGCUGUUUGACGAUAUUUCGUAAAAUUUAACAUUCUAAAUGUUUGUUUCUACAAUCAUAGAGGAAGGGUUUUGGCUGCCGUGAUCAAAGUGCAUUUUUAUGCAGUGUUUUUGCCCACAGUUGAUUACAUUAAUUUAGCUAAAACUUUCCGGCCUCAUUCGGUGUACGCGAUUAAUUAUCAAUUGUAUAACUUGCUGUCUUUUCUCCUACAGUAAGUUCCUCCAAUCAUGGCAUCCUUCAGGCAAAUCCAGAGAAAGCAAGGCAUUCUUCAACUUCAGGAAUACUUUCACCUCGUGACGAAGGCUUUGCAGCAGCUGAAAUGUACCGUGGGAAAGAGAACGACAGGUAAGUCUAUUUUCCAUAAUUUUCGUUCCUUUCUUUUAAAUAUAACUCUUUCUUUCCCUCUUCUUUUUAGGUUGGAACUUGACAAAGAAAACAGAGGAACUCUCGAACCAGACCCUCAUUACAGAGUGCAGUCCGCUCCUCCAACUCUCGGUCAGCCAAGGUUCAGCUAUGAACGUCAUCGUGGGCACCAAGCACCCGCUGACCUUUCUUAUCGCAGAGGUAUAGUCCCUGACGAUAGUCUGCCAACCCUUCAAGAACACGUCGAUGGAAGAGCAAGCGUAAACUAUCCUGUCAGCCGUCUUUCGAGCUCAAGGUACUCGCUCCACAGCCGUGGUCAUGUUGUGUCUGCUAACAGACAAAGAGCGGCCUUGAGAGAAAGACAGAAUACUGAACAAUAUGUGGUCAGCGGAAGAGACAGCAACAGUUCAUUUUAUCCAGCGUCUCAUUCUGACUUCCAUUCUGAACGAGGCAGCUUCGUAGUUGAUAGUCCUAGAGGCGACGGUUUUCUUAGUGGAGGAAGGCAAAGUAAAGGUGAAUCCUCUCACCACGGGUCUCCAUUGUCACAUUCGAAUAUCCGAGAAUCAUAUAACAGACAGACUGCUGCCAGCGAUCAACGGUUUUUACUGUACAGCGACGUUCAGCGUAGCUCACAGUCACAAGAUUUUCCAUCAUUUCCUGAUGAUGACAACAGACCAGGAAGGUUGGACCCAAGUUUAGAAAGGUACAAUGGAGCUCCUUCUGUUUUAUUUUCUAAUGUUUGACUUUUUUUUUGUACCGGUAGUCUAAAUGCAAAUUGCGCAACUGCUCUCUUAAGAUGUAACUUCAAGGGCGUAAGUUUUGUAGGCACGAAUUAGAUGAACAACGCUUAGCUUCUUUCUUCUUUCGACUGCCAAGUUCAAAAUUUACCAUGCAUUCUAAGACAUCAGUUAAUUUUAUCUCUUAGUGCGCCACGUGGAAGUUCAUACCCGCUGUCCCUGGUGGAUAUUGUAGAGAACUUAGAAAGCAAAUCUUUGGGACCCGAGGUCCCGGGAGCUGCUAUAGGACUGGACACUACGGACUCUGGUUAUUCACAAGACACUUGUAAGGAGAGGAGUCCGCUGACCGGUGAAAGUGUAAACUCAGAUGAAGAGGAAGCUGCUGUUCUUGAAGACAUUUUCUUUAUCUCGGGAAGAUUUUUUUGACCUUGUUUUGUGAUAAAUUUAUUUUUUCAUAUUGC